AUGGUGGAGAAGAGGCAAUCUGUGCUCAGGACGGUGGUGCAAGUUUGCCAAGCUGUUUGCCGUGAAGUUCAUGCAAUUGGAUCAUCGGCAAGAGGCACGGACUUGCCCUGCUCGGACAUUGAUCUGGUGUGCCUAUCCGAUAGACCCGAUGAUAAGAUGACGACGCAGGUUGAGAAGGCUUUGAGAAACCUCUGCGCCUCUGUGGACAGGAGAGACGACUACUUCAGUGAUGACGAAGACGAUGACUGGGGAACUUCGGCCCGAUAUCGCAACCUGGAUGGGAAGUGGCGGGCCCCUGCUGGAGAGCAGCACGAAAUCGCAGGCAAUGUGUUGACAUGGAGCACUGGAGAGAAGACCAAGUUUGAGCGCGGCUGUCUUCACCUUAGCUUUUGGCAUCAAGACCGAUUGAAACGAGCUAAAGUGAAGGCCACUACGCUCGAGUGGUCUACGGGUGAGGUGUGGCGCAGGGUCAUUAAGGUGAAGCACAUGGCCACAAAGUGGCCAAAUCCACCCCCAAAGCCGAGAUCCAUGAGCACUGUGGAUGUGAUGGAGCUUCGUUACGCUUCAGACACCAUUAGCCGCAAGUUCCAGGAUGGAAGGUCUCUGCAUCAACUUGUCCACCAGCUUCAUGAAGGACAUGUGGAUCCGUUGAAGCAUCCUGAUCUGAUCCUGGAUGCGGUUUCCUGGAUCUGCCCACUUGGUGGGGAUGUGCUACACUGUCUGAACAAUCGGAGAUUAUGGUGUCUUAAGCAUUGGGUGCUGACAACCGGACGCCUUGCGACAAAGGUCGUGGUUCGCAUCUACCAUUUUGGUGACAGCCCUGCUUUCUUCGAGUCUCGCAUUACAACUCCGAAUGGCGGACAGAAGGUAUUCUUCCGCGAGGCGGACGAUGACGACCACGACCCUAGCAAUAGACUUCCUCAGCGGAUGAUGGUAUCAAGUACCAGAGCCGAGUACAUCCAUCUGGUUUGCGACGGUGUUCACGUGGACAUCCUGACUGGAACCAAGUGGGCCGACUCAGAUGCCACCAAACUGGUUCCUUGGAUCUUGGCAGAGGACUUUGGCGCCCGCCAGCAAUGGUCUGCACAGAUCAGUGCCUGGCACGCCAGGCAGCAAACCGGGAAUGCAGCCAGCAUGAUUGCUGCCAAGUUGGCUAAGUUGUGGGUACGAAAGGUUGCGUUUCCUCUGUGGAACGCUCUCUUGCGCCCACGCGGUUUCAUGAUCGAGAUGAUCGUCAAGCACGUGUGUGAGUCAAACCGCCGUGCAGAAAGGUCUGGCUGGGAUGGGUUUGUGGAGUUCUUGCGUUUCUGCAGCACGGAACCGAUGGAGCCUAUAAUGUGGGAGUGGCGCAACUACUGCGACCACCCCCGCAUCAACUGGGGAAGCGGCCCACGAGUACUUGAUCCUCUCAAUCCCACGAACAACCUCGCGCGUCAGUUCCGUUUCUGGGAAGACCUCCACAAGCUGGCCAAGGAAUCGCUCGAAAGGAUCAUGCAUGUCUCUUCGAGCAAAUCCUAUCGAGAUUGGUGGGGCGGCAGUGCCACACCGGAGCCAGAAGUCGGACCUGCGGCAGACAUGCAAGAAGUUCGGCGCGCGCUAGCCGCGCUCGACAUCCCCUCUCGCAGCAUUGAGGCCCUGCUUGACGAGACGUGGCAUGGCUUCACAUCCCUGGAGUUCUUGUGCAAGUACGCAAAGGAGCAAGAUCUCGAGGAUGUUGGGCUGAACACUGUUCAGCGCAGGAGGUUGAUGGAGGCAAUUCAGGCAGGAGGGAUCAUCUUCGGCAAGUUGCGGGACGAGGGCCGCUUGCCUCAGACGGCCACGGAGGACUCACGCUACCAGGAGCCUCCCGCGGCGGAAUCAUGCAACGAGGAGCCUCCGAAGCAGAACCGGGAGGGCAGGGCUAGCCGGUGGAAUCGCUUCAGCACGCGCUCCGACGCCCCGAGCUCCGAAGCCCCGUGUUCCCAUACGAGCAGCUCUUCGCUGAUCAGUUGCCCUUCUCCUCACAUCACGCAGGGGCGCUGCUUCAUUCCCGGCACGCUCCUGCCCCUGGCAGGAGGGCUCAAUCGAGUUGAGCACCUUCAUCGCACAGAUGUGGUGCGUGGCCAGAGUGGCAAGCUGCUAAGGGUUGAGCGGGUUGUCACGCACGAGAAGGAGCGGCGCUUCCUUGUGACACUUCAAACAGCAGAUGCCAGCCUCAAGGUGACAGACUCCCAUCGAGUAAUGGUGACCGGGCACCUUUUUAUCAGAGUUCUCCUUGUUCCCCUGCUAUUCUUUGCGGUACUCAAGUAA